AUGUCUUGGCGACAACCAAGAGAUCUCUUUGGUCCAGGAACGGGCGAUCAGCUCAUGAUGCAGGAGAUUUUGGAUCUCUUGGCGACAGAUAGUUCCAACAAUAGCCCAGAACACACUAUUUCAACGAGUACAAGCAGCUCCACCGAUCACAGCAAUCGCCACGGUUCAGUUGGGACAGAGUUCAAUCGCAGCUUUGCGUACGGCUCCAGUAUCAAUGAACCUUUGAACGAAGAGAUGAACCAUAUUGUUAAUUUGUCCAGUGCCGAUGACGUCGGGUCAGCAGAAGCCUGGGGUUAUGCAAUUGAUAAGACAUCGUCCGAGAACAACGACAUAAGUAUCAAAGACAUUCCUGUAGCAGGACAGAAGGCAGUGCAACAAAGGAUAGAUUCAACAGGAGGCCUCGCCCAGCAGACACAGAUGCAAGACUCAAUAUACGCUACUACCCAACAGUUGUACGAUGAAGACUCUCGAGUGGUUUCUCCUGCCUUUGAAAUCGACCUGCCGCGAGUUCCAAUGUCUCUGCCAAUUCCAGUUGCAUCUCCGGCUCCAGAAGUACCGUCAAUUCUGAAUGGUUCAUCGGUUCCUAGUCAGCAAAAAAAAUCGCCGUCGAUUUCAAAUGUGUUGCCAACGGGUAAGCGCGUGCACUUAUUGAACUCGGCCGAAUUUAACGAGCUUCGACGAAAGCUGCGAAUGCAAACGGCGUCACGUCGAUAUCGUAAGCGGAGAAAGGAACAAUCACGCCACCAAAAGAUGCAAUUGCAGGAGCUUCAAGCAGAGCUGGCUCGCUUACAUGAAUAUGAAUCACAGUGGAACCAAUACCAACAACGAUCCGUCGAGUCUCUCCAGGAUGAGCUGGAAAUGCGUAAGAAUGAAGCUGCUAGUCUCACGAAGACGAUAAAAGUUGCUGCAAAAGAAGAACUCGACUGGGUCGAAUUGAUGAGCAACCACCUUCGCAAAAAAAGCAAAUGUACUUCAAACUGA